AAUCUGGCAACACGGUUCAAGUUUGACACCUGUAGAUUGUUUAAAAAUAUGGCUUCAAGAGGGAAGUUAAACGAAGAGCACGGACGCUCCGAUUCGUAUCGAGUGGCAACUAUUCCAUCCAACUAUGAUGACAACAAAACAGCUGACGGCAGAGCAAAGUCGCGCAGGAAAAAUGUGAAGAAAGUUAGAAAAGCAGAAGAUUUAGACGAUUUAAAACAGGAAUUGGACAUUGAUUAUCAUAAAAUUUCACCAGAAGAAUUGUAUCAAAGAUUUCAAACACACCCUGAAAAUGGACUAAGUCACGCAAAAGCAAAAGAAAAUUUGGAAAGGGACGGACCCAAUGCACUUACACCUCCAAAAACAACCCCCGAAUGGGUAAAAUUUUGUAAAAACUUAUUUGGUGGUUUUGCUUUAUUACUGUGGAUCGGUGCAAUUCUUUGCUUUAUUGCCUAUUCUAUACAGGCUAGUACAGUAGAAGAACCUGCUGAUGAUAAUUUAUAUCUUGGCAUUGUAUUGGCUGCUGUUGUAAUUGUUACUGGUAUAUUUUCUUAUUACCAAGAAAGCAAAAGUUCAAAAAUUAUGGAAUCUUUUAAAAAUAUGGUACCUCAGUUUGCGACGGUAUUACGUGAGGGCGAAAAAUUAACACUUAGGGCUGAAGAUUUAGUAUUAGGUGAUGUUGUGGAAGUCAAAUUUGGUGAUAGAAUUCCAGCUGAUAUAAGGAUUAUAGAGUCAAGAGGAUUUAAAGUAGAUAAUUCGUCUCUUACUGGAGAAUCAGAACCACAAAGUCGUAGCCCCGAAUUUACUCACGAAAAUCCUUUGGAAACAAAAAAUUUAGCAUUCUUUUCCACUAACGCUGUUGAAGGCACUGCCAAAGGUGUUGUAAUAAGUUGUGGUGACAAUACAGUGAUGGGUCGUAUUGCCGGACUUGCUUCUGGACUUGACACUGGUGAAACUCCCAUCGCCAAAGAAAUUCAUCAUUUUAUUCAUCUUAUUACUGGAGUGGCUGUAUUUUUAGGUGUUACCUUUUUCUUAAUUGCUUUUAUUCUUGGUUACCAUUGGUUAGAUGCCGUUAUUUUCUUGAUUGGUAUUAUUGUUGCAAAUGUGCCAGAAGGUCUCUUGGCAACAGUAACAGUGUGUCUUACACUUACUGCUAAAAGGAUGGCUUCAAAGAAUUGCUUGGUUAAAAAUCUUGAAGCAGUAGAAACAUUAGGAUCCACUAGUACUAUUUGCUCAGAUAAAACAGGAACAUUGACUCAAAAUAGAAUGACAGUGGCUCACAUGUGGUUUGAUAAUCAAAUUAUUGAAGCAGAUACAACUGAAGAUCAAUCUGGUGUUCAAUAUGAUCGUACAAGUCCUGGAUUUAAGGCUUUAUCUAGAAUUGCCACACUCUGCAACAGAGCUGAAUUUAAACCAGGUCAAAAUAACACCCCCAUUCUUAAAAGAGAAGUUAAUGGAGAUGCUUCAGAAGCCGCUUUACUUAAAUGUAUGGAGUUGGCUCUUGGGGAUGUAAUGGCUAUAAGAAAGAAGAAUAAGAAAGUAUGUGAAAUUCCAUUUAACUCUACCAAUAAAUAUCAAGUUUCUGUCCACGAAAAUGAGGAUCCCAAUGAUCCAAGAUACUGUUUAGUUAUGAAGGGAGCCCCCGAAAGAAUAUUAGAAAAAUGUAGUAGCAUUUUUAUUUGCGGAAAAGAAAAGGUAUUGGACGAGGAAAUGAAAGAAGCAUUUAAUAAUGCAUAUUUAGAACUUGGGGGACUUGGAGAGCGUGUACUUGGUUUUUGUGAUUUUAUGCUCCCUACUGACAAAUAUCCAACAGGUUUCAAAUUUAAUUCAGAUGAUGCAAACUUCCAACUUGAUGGCUUAAGAUUUGUUGGACUUAUGUCUAUGAUUGACCCUCCUCGUGCUGCGGUACCAGAUGCAGUUGCUAAAUGCAGAAGUGCUGGUAUAAAGGUUAUUAUGGUUACUGGUGAUCAUCCCAUUACUGCCAAAGCUAUUGCAAAAUCGGUUGGCAUUAUCUCUGAAGGAAAUGAAACUGUAGAAGAUAUUGCACAACGUUUAAAUAUUCCGGUAUCUGAAGUUAAUCCUAGAGAAGCUAAAGCUGCUGUAGUACAUGGCUCUGAUUUAAGAGAUCUAUCUUCUGAUCAGCUGGAUGAAAUACUAAGAUAUCAUACCGAAAUUGUAUUUGCCCGCACAUCACCUCAACAGAAACUGAUUAUUGUAGAAGGUUGUCAAAGAAUGGGCGCAAUUGUAGCUGUAACUGGCGAUGGUGUCAAUGACUCACCUGCUUUGAAGAAAGCUGAUAUUGGUGUGGCUAUGGGGAUAGCCGGCUCUGAUGUAUCAAAACAAGCUGCUGAUAUGAUUCUUCUAGAUGAUAACUUUGCUUCAAUUGUUACCGGCGUAGAAGAGGGACGAUUGAUUUUUGACAAUUUGAAAAAAUCCAUUGCAUAUACACUGACAUCAAACAUACCUGAAAUUUCUCCCUUCCUUGCAUUUAUUUUAUGCGAUAUCCCAUUACCCCUUGGUACUGUAACUAUUCUUUGCAUCGAUCUUGGAACUGAUAUGGUCCCUGCCAUUUCCCUGGCGUACGAAGAUGCAGAGUCUGAUAUUAUGAAGCGUCGACCUAGAAAUCCUUUUAACGAUAAACUCGUGAACGAAAGGUUGAUUUCCAUGGCUUAUGGUCAAAUUGGUAUGAUUCAGGCAGCAGCAGGUUUCUUUGUGUAUUUUGUAAUCAUGGCUGAAAAUGGAUUCUUACCAACGAAAUUGUUUGGAAUUCGAAAACAAUGGGACUCUAAAGCUGUUAAUGAUUUAACAGAUUCUUAUGGACAAGAAUGGACCUACCGCGACAGAAAAACAUUAGAGUACACAUGCCACACAGCCUUCUUUGUUUCAAUUGUUGUUGUACAAUGGGCUGAUUUAAUCAUCUGUAAGACCAGACGUAAUUCAAUUAUACAUCAAGGAAUGAGAAACUGGGCCCUGAACUUUGGAUUAGUUUUUGAAACAGCUUUGGCUGCCUUCCUUUCAUACACACCUGGAAUGGAUAAAGGUCUUCGUAUGUUCCCACUUAAAUUCGUUUGGUGGUUACCUGCGAUUCCGUUUAUGUUAUCCAUAUUCAUAUAUGAUGAAGUUAGACGGUUUUAUCUUCGUCGCAACCCUGGUGGCUGGUUAGAACAAGAAACGUAUUAUUAAAACAUUAUUGUACUGCCACUUGGUGACCAUUGCACAAUUAUAUUGCGGGUCACUUAGUUCUCGAUAGGAAAAAUUUCGUAAACUCGUAAAUUAGCUGCAAAUUUUUAUUAUCAACGCAAAAAUUUGUAGUUCCAACGAUAUCUUUCCCUAUCGAUAUUUGUACACAUCCUGUUGCUAAUUAAGUAAUAAUACUGCUUAAGCAGUUUAAAAAUUAUUAUAAGUAGUAGAAGAGGGUGAUCACUUUUAUAUAACAAUAAGUAUAUUAUAAAUAUGGUCAGUCUUCAAAGCGUUAGGUAUUUAUUAAAUAAAUAAUUAUUUGGUUUAUGGACUGAUCCAUUAACAGUUAAAAUUUAAUAAUAAAAUUUUAAUUACUAAAAUAUAGUAAGUUGUAUUAUUUUAUCAGAUCAGUCAGUAAGAUUAUAUGCAAAAGUGUGUUUUCAUACAUUCCAUUUGAAAACUACAGUUGCUUAGUGCUGUCAGUCACAAAACAACAGAUAACAUUUUUGUUUAGUUCUAUGUUGAGCGUAAAGCGUGGGUCGACGAUAAGUUAAUCGUUACGGCGUCUACCCUAGGUUUCACAAAAAGUAGCGUCGAUGUGAAUCAACGAGGUAGUAUUAUUUAGGCUUUUACCACUUAGGAUAGCUAGAUUGUAACUGUGUUGUUAUAUUGUGUAAAUGUCAUACCAGUCGUGCUCAAUACACAACAUUAAUCUAAAUAUCACGAUUGUAAAUGUUUGACAUUCAUUCAUUUGUUUGUAUAUAGUUUACAGAUAUAUGAGUGUGCACACAAGCUCUAAAUAUUUUUAAAAUUUAACCAACUAAAUUAAUAAAUAAUGUUCAAGAUUAGGCACACUCUUACAAAGUCUGCUUCUCUAAAGCCCUAUUUUAUUAUACUCAAAUCGCGUACGCUCCGGUCUAAGACCAGUCCACCAUGGUAUUGUUAUCUUAUUGUAAAUAAUUUUAAGUGAAUCACCGGCUUGUGUUAUUUUCACAUUCAUGUUUUAGUAAUAAUAAUGCUGUAUAAAUUUGGGUUUUAAUAAAAAUAAAUGAUAGUA